AUGCCUGGAGGACCACCGAUGAUGGGUGGACCCCCGAUGAUGAUGGAUAACAUGAAAGGCAUGAUGAACAUGAAUAAAGUUAAGGCUGCAUCUAUCAUGAAUCUUGGAGCUGGCAUCAAACUCUUGGAGCUGCUCCUGUGGUCGUCCAUCUAUCUAUAUAUCAACUGUAUCGAUAGAUAAGGUGAAUGAAACACGCCGAAGAAAGGAGAUAAAUGAUUGAACAACAAAUAGAAGUUGAAUUUAUAUUUAGAGUGAGUUUGAGUAGGUCAAGUUCUAAUAAAGGCGGCGGCUUCAACAACAAAGGUGGUGGAUUUAAUAACAAAGGUGGUUUCAACAAGAUGGGAGGUGGCGGAUUCAACAAAGGCGGAUUUAACAACAUGAAAGGAGGUAACAUGCCCUUCGACAACUUCGGUGGCAAUUUAAGGCUCGAUAAGUCUUUACAUUUCAUUUCUACAAGUCAAAUUUCUUGCUGUUUCCUUCUCAGGAUUGCAAGAAAUGCACGUCGCAAGGAAUGACUUCAUUGCUUCGAGGUCUAAGCAAUAUGAUGAACGACAAAGGCAAGAUGAUGAAUUUUGGCAAAGGUGGGAAAGAUUUCUUUCCGCAGAACAACUUUGGCAAAGGUGGCAGCGAUUUCGGAGGCGGUGGUGGCUUCAAUAAAGGCUGGAACAACUACGGUAAAGGAAAGGACUUCAUGGGCGGCGAUAUGGGCAUGGGAGGACCUAUGCAAUUUCCAGGAACGCAACCAGGAAUGAUGGGCGGGAUGAAGUUAUGUUGA